UGUAGCGAUUUUUUAAGCAAAAAUAACUGAGUCUUAACUUUGUUUGCUUGCUGUCUGUAAACGAUGUCCCAUGUGGUGGCAGUUAGCCAUUAGCAUGUGAUCAGUGUGUAGGAGGUGAGUUAACGUCAGUCCUUGGCGGUGAGUGAAUCAGGUUGUCGACGAUUAAGGUGUUUGAUACUUUUUCUUUGCAGACCGAGAUUUUACGUUAAAAUUCUGACACAGACCAGUCUCACACGUGAGUGCGUACUUACCAGAAUGUCGGACACAGAGUCAGUCAAGAAAAUGCUGCGGUCUGUGCUCCUGUCCAGCAAGGGUGGCGUGUCUUUCAACAACCUCCCGUCAGAGUACCGCUCACUGUGUGGAGAGAGCAUCCCACUGAAGAAGCUGGGCUACUCAAAACUGGAGGACUUCCUGAAAAGUAUUCCCUCGGUGGUUCAGUUGGAGCAUCGAAAUGGCGAGCUCAUUUGCUUGGCCGGAGUGUCUGAAGAGACGGCCAGCAUUGCUCAACUAGUGGCUCGGCAGAAGAGCUCAAAGAAGGCUGGCCGCUCUCAAGUUGUUAACUGCAAGAUGAGAUCCAAACCUUCCAACCCAUACAUGCAAAACAUGAGGCCAAGGUCGUCCCUUCGCCAGCCCUCGGCUACACAAGCAUCUUCUCGACCAGCAAAUCGUUCUUGGUCAUAUGGAGUCUGCAGUGCAUCUGGAGACUACAGGCAGCUGGACCAGAAGUUGAGCUCCAUCAAACCUACUGAACACAGAAAACCUCAAACAACAGGGAAACACUGUGUUCUGCCAGAAAGGAAAAGAAAUGAGUCGGCUGUUGCUCAGAAGACUCAAGAAAAACCUUCAGAUCGGAACUCCAGCUCCACUCAGCAGUCGGAGCCGUACGAUGAAGAACAGGUGCAAAGCAGAAUGAUUCAGCUCCUGUCCAGAUUCUGCAGUGGAGUGUGGAUGUCAAAAAUACCAGAGCUCUACAGCACUACAUUCAAUCAGAAGCUCAACCCACAGGUGCUCAAAGACCUGGAGAAGUGGAUGCAUGUUUGUGUGGUGGAGCCAUCACCUAACCACAAUCGGGCUGACUGGCUGGUUUACCCUCCUGUCCCUCACAAGCCCUUGAUUGUGCCUAGAACAGGCACCAGGACCCCCUCUCCAACAUCACCUGUAAAUUCUGAUAUAAGCAUGUCACCCCCCUUAACACUUAGGGAACCUUUGACCUCUGUUCCUAAAACUAGAGUCUCCCCCCAAAGCCCCUUGGCAAAGCCUACUUUUAUUUUUCAACCACAGCCUGUUUCUGACUCUUCAACAUCACAGCUGUCCCCUGUCUCACUGCGUAGCCCCGUCUCCAACCUAACUCUUGCCCUCCAGCACCCACCCACUCUAACUCCUGCUAUAAAAGAAUGCAAAGCUCCCUCUCAUAAACCUAACCCUGAUAUUUCCUCCCUUUUGAAAGUGACUGUUACUCCAACCUCUAAUUCUUCCCCUGUGUCACAAUCAUCUGCUGAUACUAUACCAGCUGAGGUGCGUCAGAAAAUUAAAGAGCUGCUCUCUAAGUACAGUCAAGGACUGUGGGCACAUGCAUUGCCUAAACUGUUUGUUGAGACCUACAAGAUGCCAUUUCCUGAUCAUAUCCUGGACAACUUGUCUCUGUUGCUGAAUAUGUGCUCUGUGGAGUACUCCAUAACUCGUGGAAAGAAAAAGACUAUCUUGUAUAACAAAACAGACACAGAGGAUGCAAACAUAACUGAAAGCAAAGAGUUCAAAGGUCAACCACUCCCAUCUGGUAUUGAGAUCCUGGCUCCUGUGCUUCCUCCCACUCUGGUCCGUCCUUCAGAACAGUAUCCCUCCGUGCUGGUUACUGAUGCUAAGAGCAGCAACACUGUCACUAUAAGAUAUGUGGGUGAGAACUACUCCACUGCUCAGGAGGCGUUAGAGGACACCAUGCGCUUGUUCUACACACAGUGCUCAAGACAACAUCGUGUCGUGUCCAGCCUUGCCGUUGGUCAACUGGUAGCUGUCAGAGGAGAAGAUGGAGAAGAGAUUGCCAGAGGUCAAGUCAUGGAGGUGAUGGCGUUCAACAAAGUCAAGGUGUACUAUGUGGACUAUGGCUUUUCUUUGGAAACAAGUGGUGGUAAUCUGCUGGAGCUCCACCAGGAUUUCCUCUCUCUACCCUUUCAGGCCAAUAACAUUCAACUUGCUGGUUUAGAGAAUUUUAGCUCACUUCCACUGGUUCAGCCUUGCCUGGAAAAGUUGGCUGUGGGAAAGAUCCUGCUGAUUGAGAUAGUGCAGCCAUGUCAACAAUUGGAGUUGCCUGUGGCGGUGCUGUACGACACCUCGGGUGACGACGAUGUGAACAUUAACUCCAUCUGCCUCAAGACACUGCAGGACAAGACAAUGGACAACCCUCUGGUUGUAAACGUUACUUACCAAGAUGUGUGUGUCACAAAUGUGUGUGCCAAUGGCACCAUCUACUGUCAGCUGCCCUGCAGAGGAACAGCACGACUCGGCAAGUUACUGGAGGAAGCUGAGGUUUUCUACAAGUCUCAGAUUACAUCUGAAUCCCUGGUGUCCAGACCUUUCAGUGGCAAGUUCUGUUUAGCCCAGUACAAAUCACAGUGGUCCAGAGCUGAGAUUACAAACAUGUACAACAGCAGAGUAAUGGAGAUCCUCUUCAUUGACCUGGGCAUCUCGGCAACAGUGGAAGUGACUGAUCUCAGAGAGAUACCUCCACCUCUACUGAAAGACUUCAUCAUCAUUCCACCACAGGCCAUCAAGUGUCAACUGGUGGACCUCAAAGUUCCAGAAGGAGACUGGAGUCCAGAAGUCGUCAUGUGGGUGAAAGACGCUGUCCUGGGCUGUAAAGACUGCAGAAUGAAGAUCUCAAAACUAGAGGAGAGAAACGGGGAGCAACUAGUCUACAUGUACCUUUUUUUCGGUGUUGAUGGCAAAGAUCUGGGUGAAAGCAUCAACCAUCAUGUUGCUCAGUCUGACAUGUGGCAGAAACCCUCAGGGCAAAGCAUCCUACUGCCCAGCAGUUGCACUGUGGAUACAGAUUGGUCAGGUCUCAGAGUCCGGCAGGAGAAAGUGACUCUGAGCAGUUUCACACAAUACCCUGCUGUCACUGCUUUGACACAGCUUUGUCAUGGAUCAAUGGACAACAUGAAGCAGAUACUUUAUUUACCUCCCCCUCUGGACCUCCCCCAGCCUGAUCAAAACAUUGAUGUCUUUGUGCCAGUGGCUUGUCACCCCGGACACUUUGUGCUGCAGUCAUGGCAGGACCUGCAUAAGCUCACAGUGUUGCUGGGGGAGAUGAUCCUCUAUUAUAACCGAAUGAUUACCAACACCAACACAACCAUGCACAUCCAGAAAGGAGAUAUUUGUGCUGCCAGAAUUGAUAAGAACUGGCAACGAGUCCAAAUCAAGGGGGUUCUGUCUAAUGGCUUGGUAUCUGUGUAUGACCUUGACCAUGGUAAACAUGACCUGGUCCGAAGACACCUCCUGCAGCCUCUUUUAGAGGAGUUCAGACAGCUGCCCUUUCAGGCCAUUCCCGCUCAGCUGGCAGGUGUGCCUCAGCAGCACUGGUCAGAAGAAGCCGCCAUGUUAUUCAGAAAUCAUGUGGAAAGACGAGCACUGGUAGCUCAAGUGGAGAGUGUGUCGUCUGCAUUGGAAGGUAAAGGUGAACCCUGGGAGAUCAGACUGAUGGUAUAUCUUGUGGACACCAUGCAGGAGAAGGAUCUUUGGAUUCACACCCUCAUGGCCGACAUCGAUAGUGAACUCCCCUUCUCUUCCCGGGUUGUCAUUCCACGAGUUGUUCAAGGAAUAUCUCAGACCUAAUGUUUGAGUUGAACUCUAUUUUCAGAGAAGCUGAUGUUCUUCUGAUUCUCUCCAUUUUCUAAAACCAAUACUUCUCACACUUUCACAAGUAUUCAGUAACUUUAGCCCCAAUCUGUAAUUUGAGACUCUUUAGAAUACGUAGGGGAAAGUUUUGUUGAGGGGUUCUUUUUUUUCAGUUAAGACUGAAAUUAAUUAGUCAACUCAGAAGAAGUGACCAUCAGUUCAUUUAUAAAGAAGAAAAAUAGUUUAACACCAGCAGGAACACCUUUGGUUCCACCUGUUCAGGUAAUUUCAACUGCUGUUUGUUUUGUUUGCACCUAAAUUUAAGUGUUUUCCUUUUCUACACGGGCAUGUGUGUGACUCUUUAGCACAAAGUUUUGUUUUUCUUUUCACUUCAAUAAUGUACCUUUCAAAUGUUUCAUGGUAAAAAAAAAAGUGAACACUUUAUUUGGUAUUUUGUUGUUUAUUAGGUGGAAUAAUUUCAGGUACACUAAAGUGCUGUGUCAGAUUUAUACUGUAAGUGGACAUCAUCUGUAAGAUUCAAUAGUUUAAAAAAAAGAAAGUUGUUUGGUGCCAAACUAAUGUAUGACCCGAUCCAUAAAGGCCAACAUUGUAGAUUGUCAAAGUGGUACACUUUUUUCUACCAAAUAUUUUAGAUAGCUAUUAACUAUCUGCAUAUUAUUGAGAUAUAAUUUUUGAUAAGUCGGUGUGAAAUUUGCAAAAUAUCAGCAUUAAAUAUAGUAACAUAUAUUUCAAUUAUCUCGAUUAACACAGGAGCCUUUUUUAAAGAGUUUGGCCUGACAUUUCAAGCAAUAACAACGCACUGAUCACUCGAACUGUGAUGUGUCAGCGCGCGGACCAGUUACUUUCUAAAUGAAGACGUCACAUAACGAAGCGGUCGCUCUCGCCAGUUUUUCGAACUCCAAGUGCAGUGGACUUGGUCGCGGUCAAUCCAGAUCCCUACAUUUUAUAGUAAACCAGGAACUCCUUCUCUACUGUUAUUCUACUACGUUGAUGUUGAUGAAGUAAAAGUUCCCCUUCCCCAAGUGUCUUCCUUGUUCUGGGUUUAUAUCAACAUUUUCUUUUUAUAUAGAUAUCGAGUGACUAAGGU